AGUCUCGGUUCCUUUCGUCCUUACCCUGCUUCUGAGUGGCCGCCGAGCGCACGCCUUCACGACCCACAAGGACUCGCGAGCUCCGCCGCCGCCGUGAUGAACAUCCGCAAUGCUAGGCCCGAAGACCUGAUGAAUAUGCAGCACUGCAACCUUCUCUGCCUGCCCGAGAACUACCAGAUGAAGUACUAUUUUUAUCAUGGCCUCUCUUGGCCCCAGCUUUCUUACAUUGCUGAGGAUGAGAAUGGGAAGAUUGUGGGGUACGUCUUGGCUAAAAUGGAAGAGGACCCAGACGAUGUGCCCCAUGGACAUAUUACCUCACUGGCUGUGAAACGUUCCCACCGGCGCCUUGGCCUGGCUCAGAAGCUGAUGGACCAGGCCUCUCGAGCCAUGAUAGAGAACUUCAAUGCCAAAUAUGUCUCCCUGCAUGUCAGGAAGAGUAACCGGGCCGCCCUGCAUCUCUAUUCCAACACCCUCAACUUUCAGAUCAGUGAAGUGGAGCCCAAAUACUAUGCAGAUGGUGAAGAUGCAUAUGCAAUGAAGCGGGACCUCACACAGAUGGCUGAUGAGCUGAGGCGGCACCUGGAGCUGAAGGAAAAGGGCAAGCACAUGGUGCUGACGGCCAUGGAGAACAAAGCGGAGAACAAAAGCAACGUGCUUCUGAGCUCAGGAGAGGCCUGUCGUGAGGAGAAGGGCCUGGCUGCUGAGGAUAGUGGUGGGGACAGCAAGGACCUCAGUGAGGUCAGUGAAACCACAGAGAGCACAGAUGUCAAAGACAGCUCAGAGGCCUCUGACUCUGCCUCUUAGAACCUGCCCGCAUCUGGUCCCAACCUCACCAUGUGCUUUUACAAUAAAUGUCACCCAGUGGCCUUGGGAAAUUUGUGAAUGUG